AUGCAGUGGGUGCCAUCCCACAUAGGAGUUCGAGUUUCAAUAUGCGCGCCGGAGUGCUGGCGCGCAGGCGUGGCUCGCUCGCCGUCGCACGAGUCCGUCACCACAGAUCUGUCUCUGUUCAGCGUGUCUUCAGCGGCUUCUGAUGCCAAGGCGCUACGGUUGCUUGCUAGUCGGGCGGGCCUAGGGCCGGAUCCUACGAGGGUCGCGAGUCCAAACCCAGACAGCAAAUCGCUCAAAAGGCCGUCGUCGUCGCUGCGGCUGCAGACGGACCACUGCCGCGAGGUGCUGGCGGGCUGCGCGGCGCUGUGCGCGCAGCUCGGGCUGCGGCGCUGCUUCAGCGACCACGACGUCGCGGCGCCCCGGCCCUCCACUCUUAGGAGCGCCACAUCGGAGGUGGGCCUGAGCGCGGCGCUGGAGGCGCUGGCGCUCAGCGCCGCCUCCCGCUCCUGCAGCAGCUGGAGAGCCGUGGGGGGGUCACAGUUGCCGUCGCCGCAGCGCGCGCAGCCGCCGCCGCACCGGCCUCUACCCACCGACAAUAAAAAGGUCCGUCAGAACUACAUCAAGCGGCGGCUGCUGACGACGUACCGCGCGCUGGAGCGACUGUCGCAGUCCGACUUCAACCUCGACCGGCUCGAGGCGGCUGCGACUGCGGCCAACGCCGGGCCCGCGUUGCUCACACCGCACACGAAGUUUGUCCAUCCAGAAGCAGCGCACUUAGCACUGACAGCAGCGGAUUUGGAACGCGAGAGAGGUCGCCCGCUCUCCAAGUACGAGAGGAACAUGAUGAUCUUCAACUGGCUCCACACCCUGGACGAGGCUGCGCCGUUUUAGAUGGACUCCUUAUUUCGUUUAGAAUGUGUUAAUUGCUAACACCAGUGCCGGAUUUUGUUCAAGUCGUCUAAAUGCAUCUGAUAUGAUUUAUCACCGCCAUCUAGUGGCAGGUAGGGAACUAGACUGUCAACCAGUGUGCAGGUUCCCUCGCGAUGUUUUUCCUUCACCGGAAGCAAAUGGUGGUCGAUGAAAACUACUAUACAUGGGUCAGAUUGGUAUACAAACACCUGUGGCGCGAAUAGGAUUCGAAGCUGAGACCUUUCGAUCACAGGCGGAAGGUCUUAACCACUUCAUCACCAAUGAACUUUGUCAUCAUAUACUUCUAGUCCACUGUUGGACAUAUACCUAUCAAGGACCGCGAAUAUUGUCGAUUUUACGUUUUACGCUUCAAUAAAAGUGGAUUGUGGGCACCAUGGAGAUCAUAAAGCACGUAUCGCGUCAUUGCGUCCACACGUAAUCCCUUUAUUUUACGAAAACGACACAGCAUGUUGAUAAAGUUAAAGUUACAAAAAUAUUAGGUAACAUUAAAAUUUGGUCAAAAAUCCCAUCAUCAUUCUACUAAUAUAAAUAAAUAAAGUUGGUGAAUAUGUUUGUUAUUUCUUCACGUAACGACAAUGGCAAUUUUCUGAUAAAGUAACUUGUAGAUAAAUCUGCUUGUCUGAACGUAUUGCGUGUAUGCGUGUUCUUAGGUAGGACUUCAGGGCCCACAUAUGUGUGUGUCGUCACAUAUAUGUCUAAUAAGUAUUUCUCUUGUAUGAGCGUAACGCAAGAUACAAGUUUGUUUGCUAGAUAUUCGUUUCGCUACAACUUUUGGACGGCUGAACGGAUUUUGGUCAAACAUAUCUAAGAACCACAGCAUAAAAAUUUGCUAUCAAAUAGAAAAAAAACUCAUCCAAAUCGGUUCACUCGUUGAUGAGCUACGGUGCCACGUACACAGACAGACACACUUAGCGGUCAAACUUAUAACACCACUCUUUAUGCGUCGCGGGUUAAAAACGAUAGAUUUUAUCAUAAUGAAGUCUUAUUUUCUGUGUAAUAUUACCCGUAAAUAUUAUAUACCCUGUAGUUUUAAUUUAAAAAAUAUCUAUAAAUGUAAAUAAUUAAAAAGUGUUAUUAUACUAAUUUUAAUAAAAUUCAUUAAUUUGUUUGGAUGCGUUAAUCUCUCGAACUACGGGGUUCGAUUGUAAAUUGUUUUCAGUUUUUAUGAUCUCUUGUAUGUAUAUAUUUAAUAAAUAAUAUAUUUUUUGUCGAUGUUUUCUCAAAUCUGCACACUAGCGCCAACACAAUGUUUAUCAAUUUCAUUUAUAAGUGAAAAUGUAAAAAAGUGUGUGGGAUUGUGAAUCGUUAGCAAUUUCGAAUCUCAAUUUUAGUAUUAGUACCCAUAUGAAUUUCACGUGUCCACACAAUAUUAUAUUUUAGUGUAAGUGUUGCAUUUAUUAAUAUUAUGUAUGUAAUAUAUACAGUGUUACACUCUGUCGAGAAAGUGAUUGAUGGAAGUAAAAUUGAGGUCGCAGUCUGGCAACACUGCGUGUUUAUCAACCAAUCUUGACCAUUCUAUUUGGUGUUGCAAUGGUGAAAAAAUUUAGUUUGUAAUCAGUUUUCAUCACUUCUCGACGGACUGUAGGUUGAACACCGUUGUUAGUAUCAUUUAUUAAUAAAAAUUUAGUUCUUCGAUUAGGCAUGCAAUAGUUUUACUUUGUGUUGUCCGUCUCUCUCUCUCUUUUCAAUAUUUGACAUUGGAAGAACGAGACAAUACAAAUAAUAACUAUUCCGAGACUAAUCAGGGGAUAACGUUUUUAUUAAUAAGGGGGUUAAACGCUGUCUGUUUGUCUGUCACCACCGGUAUUUCAUUAACCGUGACCGUUGAAAUUUACACAGAUGAUUUAUUUCCGUUGCCAAUAAACAAAUGCUAAACAUCUUUAAGAAUAAAAAAAAAAAUAAUCAUUCAAUUAUACUGUCUUGUCUAUUGGUGAAAGAAAAUCACAAAAUUCCGUCCGAUAGUUUUUGAAUUUAUUGCAUUCAGACAGGGGGACCCUUUGUAAUAUUUUUAUCGUCUUAGGACUCGUGAUACUGAACUUUGAUUGAUUUAAAGAAAAAACGGUGUUCAUCCCAACGAUGUGUAUAUUUGUUGUUUUAAUUUAAGUUCUAUUGUAAAAAUUGUAAGGAAAAUCUUCAGAGGAAAUCUAGAAAUGAGAAUCAUUACACAAAUAUCGAGUAAAAGAUUUAUCUUCUGAUGCCAGUGUGUUAACAGCAAACAGCAAAUACAAUAUGUUGCAUUUUACAAGUUUUUUAUAAAUACAUUAUGAAUUUGAAGCGAUUUCGAAAGACCGCUCAAGGUUCAUAAUUUUAAUUUCGAAUAAAAUUAUUAAAUUGUUUUUGUUAUUUCAAAUAUGUUUUAUCUCUGUAAUAGACUUACCAUUAUGUUCAUAAAUAAGUUAAAUCAAAGAUUUUUGUCACUAUCGAACUUUACAACAGUUGACAUUGACAGAACUAGACAAAACAUACUUUAGCAUAAAAAAGUCGUCUUGGCGAAAAAUGUCCUUUUCUCACGAUGUCCUUUCUUAGAAUGUCCUUAUCCCAUAAUAUCCUUUUCUCAAAAUGUUCUUUUAAUAAAAAACUGUUUUAAUCAGUUGCUUAUCUAAAUUAUCAUCAAAAACACACAAGGACAUUUUGAGAAAAGGACAUUAUGAGAAAAGGACAUUAUGAGAAAAGGACAUUAUGUGAAAAGGACAUUCUGAGAAAAGGACAUUAUGAGAAAAGGACAUUAUGUGAAAAGGACAUUAUGAGAAAAGGACAUAAUGUGAAAAGGACAUUAUGAGAAAAGGACAUUAUGAGAAAAGGACAUUAUGAGAAAAGGACAUUAUGUGAAAAGGACAUUCUGAGAAAGGACAUCGUGAGAAAAGGACAUUUUGCGCCAAGACGAGCAUAAAGUAUGCUUUAUUAAUUUUAUAAAUAACAGGGUUAGUAUGUACUAAAUAUUCUAAAUUUAAGACAAGUACAAAUAACCAAUACCACUUUUAAAUAAACGCACGGUCUCUAGAAAAUUAUCUAUGUGCACUUUGUCUAUUACGCCAAACAACAUCGACACGCCGUAGAUAGGCAAAGAAAACUGUAGACAAACGCGUAGCCAGAUGAGAUAUAUAGGGAAUAAUUCUUUGAAAUAUAAUUUAUCCUCGCCCAUUGUUCCUAAAAAUGUUUGUGUAUUUUUUAGUUCUUCCUUGGCUGUUAUUGAAAAUAUCUCAAUGUAUAAGUAUUUAUGUUGUAAUUUAAAUAAAAAGAUUUAAGAAAA